CGCCGGGAGCCCAAAGAGGGCAGCAAGCGGGGCUCGGGGCCAUGCGCGGCCGCCUAUGGCUGGGCCUGGCGUGGCUACUGCUGGCUCGGGCGCCCGGCGCCUCGGGGACCCAAAACAAUCUGCGGAGACCGCGCAGCUACCCGCACCUGGAGGGUGACGUGCGCUGGCGGCGCCUCUUCUCCUCCACCCACUUCUUUCUGCUGGUGGACCCCAGUGGUCGUGUGCAAGGCACCCGCUGGCACCACAGCCCUGACAGCGUCUUUGAAAUCCGCUCCAUCCGCGUGGGUGUCGUGGCGCUCAAGGCGGUGCACACUGGCUUCUACGUGGCCAUGAACCGCCGCGGCCGUCUCUACGGGUCGCGGGUCUGCACUGUACACUGCAGGUUCCGGGAGCAUAUCGAGGAGAACGGAUACAAUACCUACGCCUCUGUCCGGUGGCAUCACCGGGGCCGACCCAUGUUCCUGGCGCUGGAUGGGCGCGGUGCCCCCAGGCGCGGUAGCCGCACGCAGCGACACCACCUGUCCACCCACUUCCUGCCCAUCCUGGUCUCCUGAGGCGGACCGUCCACGAGCAGUGGCUGGAGGAAGAUUCCAGGAGACUGACCACAUGAGCCUGCAGCCAGAGGCUGGGGAAGGCCCUGCCACCCCCAACACCUGCUUGGUCCCUCUCUGGUUUUACACGCAUGGAGUGCCUGCUGUGCUGGGCACUGGGGUCACUGCAGGAGCCCCCAGAUAUGGCCCGGCCCUCAGAGCUCCUGAGUCAGAGGGGAGGUGGACACAGAGUGAGCAGAGGCCGUCACAAGCUGGGGGGCAGGGAGGCCUCAACAAGGCAGCUGCCAGGCCUUGGGGGGCCCUCCUGGCUGGGACACUGCCUAGCAGAGGCAGGGAGUGGGAACCCACUGGGGAGUGAGCCAGUGAGGAGGAGGGGAGGCUGGGGCCAAAUGAGGGGUUUUGGGGCAAGGGGAACACGGAGACUCCAUGGAGGGGCAGGUCCUGGUCCCGGGCCAAGGAUGUGUCAUUUCCCGUGGCAGAGGAGACUGCAGGUGGAGUUAAGUGAAGACCCGAGAUGGGGAUGGUCCUGGAUUCCCCAGGGGCCCAGUGUCAUCACCAGGUCCUCAUAAGAGGGAGGCGGGAGGGUCAGAGGCAGAGAGACGGGAGAUGCCGUGCUGCUGGCUGUGAGGAUGGAGGAAGGGGCUGCAGGCCAGGGAUGCAGCGCCUCUAGAAGCUGGAAAAGGAAGAAACAAAUUUCCCCUGAGCCUCCAGAAGGACCAGCCCUGCCCACACCUGUGGUUUAGCCACGGGACACUGAAAUCAUGACCCCAGGGCAGUGAGAUAAUAAACCUGUGUUGUCUUAAGACACCAGAGGUUGGUGACUUGUCAUAGCUGCCCUUGGGGACCCACACACGGUGUCAGUCCUCAGAGCCCCUUGGAUCUGGCAGGGUGGGCUGGGAGUGAGUGGGUACGCAUGCAGGCCCCACCUGGUGGGAGCUCCCUGAAGGGAAGGGGCAGAGCCAAGAGGGGCGGGUGAGGGCUACCCUCUCCCCGCUGCCGCCUUCCCCUUAAGAUACAGAAAACCAAGCGUGGGGGGGGGGUGCCUUCCUGGGGAUGCAGACCAGAGGCUCCCUAUAGCCAACGCAGCCAUGUGCCCCUGUUCGGGAAGAGCCUGUGUGAGGUGCUGGGCCUCUGGGGCUCUGUGGUCAACUUCCCAGGUCCGGUCUGUGCCAGCAGAGGCGCUAGGCCCUGCCCACACACGCACUCAAGGAACACACCAACCACCUGCGUCUCUUUCUGUAGGUGUAUUUUUAAAUAGCUUUCAAGAUACACAUUUUCUCCUUUAAAAAA